UGGGAGAGUCGAAACAUUUUCUUUUCUACACAACAGCAAUGUCUGCUCUCAACAAGAUUGUCAAGCGUUCGAGCUCCCAGCCCAGUGAAACCGACCUCCUUGUUGCUCAAUGUCUCUUUGAUUUAGAGAACUCUUCUAAGGACAUGGCCAAGGAGCUCCGUCCUCUCCAAAUCACUUCUGCUCGUGAAGUCGAAGUUGGAGCUGGAAAGAAGGCAAUCGUUGUUUUCGUGCCCCAGCCUCUUCUCGCCGCUUUCCACAAGUGCCAGGCUCGUUUGACCCGCGAGCUCGAGAAGAAGUUUGCUGACCGUCACGUUAUUUUCAUCGCUCAACGUCGUAUUUUGCCCAAGCCCGGUCGUAAGUCCCGUGUUGGUCAAAAGCGCCCUCGCUCUCGUACUUUGACCUCUGUUCACAGUGCCAUUCUUGAAGACAUUGUUUUCCCUACCGUUAUCAUCGGUAAGCGUACCCGCCAAGGCACUGACGGCCGCAAGUCCAUCAAGGUCUUCCUUGACAACAGAGAAGCCAGCACUGUUGACUACAAGUUGUCCUCUUUCUCUAGCGUCUACCACAAACUCACCGGUAAGACCGUCAACUUUGAGUUCCCCGUCACCAUUGGUGAAGGCUUGUAAGCAAUAAAAUUUACGUUUUGCGUUUGCAUCGGUUCGGGUUGGAUUCGAUAGCUUCAAAAUUUGCGUUAGAUUACCUGACUUGAAAAUGUAAUCUUCCCUUGUGUCUAUGUAUUAGGUUGUUUACGUUGAAAACAAACGUGCUCUUGCGAGUUGUUGUAGGGAAAGGAUGUUUUUAAAGAGUUGAAGUUUAGGUAGUCGUUUUCUCUUGCUGCAAAGUAUUCUAAUUGAUGCUAUCUAUGUUUUUUUUUAAAACAAAUCUUUGCCCAAGUUGAAAAAAGAAUUCAUUGUAAGUGCUGUCAUCGUAAUGCUUGAGUCUUUAUACAUUUUAAUAAUAAAACAAUGUGAAAAAUUGGACUCCGUGGUCAAUCAAGAAUAGAUGUUUUCAUCGCAAAAUAAAAUUAUGCCAACUUGCUGUUGAAUUUUGCAUAACCGG